UUUGCAAUAAUCGCCUAAAAAAGCCGGAUAUUGAAAAGCUGCACAACUCUGAUGAGUAAAAGAAAAUUAACAGAGCUUGUCACAAUAAAAUGUGAAAAAAGUGUGCGAAAUUAGCACUGAAUCCUCGAUAGCCGUAAAAAACUAUAACAAAGUAAAAGCGAUUGCAUCAUCUGUAGACUACAUCCCGACGACAUAUUUGGAGCGGUGUAUUCCACCAUCGAUUUGGUGCAAGUUAAACAACACACACACACAUUUACAUAUAUUUAAAAAAUGACUGCACCGCGACGUCUGCGCAAGGAGCUUGUGGAUUUGCAGGAAAGUAGCUUAAAAUCGUUUCGUGACAUCAAGGCCGACGAUGAUAAUCUGCUACGCUGGACGGGCUUGAUUGUGCCCGACAAUCCACCAUACAACAAGGGAGCGUUCCGCAUCGAAAUCAACUUUCCGGCCGAAUAUCCCUUUAAGCCACCAAAGAUUAGUUUCAAAACGAAAAUCUAUCAUCCCAACAUCGAUGAGAAAGGUCAGGUGUGUUUGCCCAUCAUUAGCACCGAAAACUGGAAGCCGGCAACUCGCACCGAUCAAGUGGUUCAAGCACUGAUAGCCCUCAUCAACGAUCCGGAGCCAGAGCAUCCGCUGCGCGCUGAAUUGGCCGAGGAGUUUCUCAAGGAUAAGAAGAAGUUUGUGAAGAAUGCCGAGGAUUACACCAGGAAACACAGCGAAAAGCGUCCAGCCGAUUAGUGCCACUAUAACGAUGAUGAAGCUGAUGCCGAGAGAAAACCAAACUAAAUUUCCUACUCCUUCCUGUUCCUUCCUCAUUUCAUGAAUUGUAAUCCUCCCCACAAAAUUUUGUUUAGAAUGUUGAUGAAUGAUGUAAGCGUUGCAGUUAGAAAACUUUGCAACUUGUCAAAAUUGUAAAGAAAACGAAAAUGAAAGUGAAAAACUCCCGUUCAAUAAUUGUAGUAGAAAUGAAUUUGCAUUAAUUGUUUUUAAAUAUGAAAGUCGCCAGCAAUGAUCAUGGAUCAUUUAGGCAAAGCAAACAUAUGUAUGUAAUAAUAAUAUACUAUAUAUACAUUUAAUUAACACUCAA